GGUAGUAUGUCCCGGCUGGCUUUGCGCCGCGGGGUGGAUGUGACGCUACUUCCGGUGACGCUGCCUCAGUUUCUGCUUUCUUUGCCCGCUGUCCGCGUUCCUUUUGGCGUCUUCAGCGAGAUGUUGGCCUCAAGGGCUCUGAGCCUCAUCACUAAGCGUGCACUUUCUACUUCUGUUUGCAUGCGUGUCCAUGGACAAGGUGUUGCAAAGGUUGACGAUUUUUCACUUUCUGCUUACUACGAUCGCAAAGAUGAGCCGCUUCCAGCCCUUGACUUUGUGGAUCAAUUGUCUGGCGAGCAGAAGUCCCUGAAGGAGAAGGAGAAAAGUUCUUGGGUUUCUCUAUCCAGUGAUGAGAAGCUGAAGUUGUAUCGCAUUCGCUUUAACCAAAGUUUUGCAGAGAUGAACAAGACCUCAAAUGAAUGGAAAACGGUUAUUGGUGGAGUCCUUUUCAUGUUGGGUUUUACUGGACUGAUUGUCUUCUGGCAGAGGCUAUUUGUAUAUGGUGAUGUUCCUCACACUUUCUCUGAUGAAUGGAAGGCAAAGCAGAUCAAGAGAAUGUUGGACAUGCAGAUGAACCCAGUUGAAGGCAUUGCUUCACAGUGGGAUUAUGAAAAUAACAAGUGGAAGAAAUGAAUAUACACUGGAAUUCUUAACAGUUACUCAUUUAACAUUUCAAAUAUGAGCCCAUGUGUGUUCAGGAGUUUAACCUAACCAAGAGUUAAUCUGUAAAUUCGAUAAUAAACUUGACUGGUUUACGUGA